AUGCCACGACGCUUCCUCUUGGGAGUGACAGGAUUCCUGCCUGCUGUUACUCCCCUUUUGGCUACCGGCAAUCACAAUCACAACACCCAUCACGAUGUUGACAUUGGCGUUGAUGCCUUGGUCAUGUCCCAGGUUUUGACAGACCCCUAUGCCUACGACUUUCCCCGACUCAACACUGAUGGUGCUGACCUAUUCCCCAUGCGUCCGUGCAAGGGGCACCAGCUGCUGGAAGCCAGUAUCGAUGACCUCCAGGAGCUGCUUUCCGCUGGUGAGCUUACCAGUGUCGACUUACUGCAAUGCUAUCUGGAGCGCAUCUACCAGACAGAUUCGUAUUUGAAUGCAAUCCUGCAACAAAACCCCGACGCCUUCCGCAUCGCCAGCUCCCUAGAUCGCGAGCGUGCCGCUGGUCGAAUCCGCGGGCCCCUCCACGGGAUCCCCUUCAUCGUCAAGGACAACAUCGCAACGAAAGACCGCAUGGAGACGAUGGCCGGCAGCUGGGCCCUCCUGGGCUCCGUCGUCCCCCGCGACGCCUUCGUCGUGCACAAGCUACGGAAAGCGGGCGCUGUACUCCUCGGCAAAGCCGCCCUGAGCGAGUGGGCGGACAUGCGCUCGAAUAAUUACUCCGAGGGAUACUCGGCGCGUGGAGGGCAGUGUCGGAGCGCGUAUAACCUCACGGUCAACCCCGGUGGGAGCAGUUCGGGGUCUGCGGUGGCUGUGGGCGCGAAUCUCGUUCCUUUUGCUCUAGGGACUGAGACGGAUGGGAGCGUGAUCAACCCUGCGCAGCGGAAUGCGAUUGUGGGGAUCAAGCCGACUGUUGGGUUGACGUCUCGCGAUGGUGUCAUCCCCAUAUCUCUUAACCAGGAUACUGUCGGGUGCUUUGGCAAGACCGUCCGCGAUGCCGUCUACGUGCUGGAUGCCAUCUACGGCGUCGACCCGCGCGACAAUGCGACAUCCGCGCAGGUCGGCAGAACCCCUAAACCCCAAAGUGGUGGCUACACGCAGUGCCUCGCGGACAAAUCCGCCCUGCAAGGCGCAACAUUCGGCCUCCCCUGGGAAUCCUUCUGGGCAUUGGGCGACAGCGCCCAAAUCGCGCAGCUGCUCGAACUCAUCCACCUGCUCGAGGACGCGGGGGCGACCGUCAUCAACGGGACGGAGCUCCCUCAUUACAGAACCAUCGUCCCGCCCACGGGCUGGGACUGGGACUACGGCUCGGCUCGCGGGUAUCCCAAUGAAUCCGAGUACAGCUAUGUCAAGGUGGACUUUUACAAUCACAUCAGGGCAUACCUCGCGCAGCUGGAUAAUACGAAUAUCCGCUCCCUCGACGAUAUCGUGCGGUAUAAUCGGGAGAACUAUGGGUCUGAAGGCGGAUUCCCAUCUAUCAACCCGGCCUUUGGGUCCGGCCAAGACGGGUUCGAGGCCGCGCUUGCGUCUAGGGGGAUCAUGGAUGGAACGUACUACCGGGCGUUGGAGUUUUGCCGCCGCACGUCUCGUGAGGAGGGGAUUGAUGCUGCGCUCAAACUAACUAACAAUAAUACCGUCGUCCUAGAUGGCCUGCUGGUCCCCGCGGAUGUAGCGCAGAGUAUCCAGAUCGCCGCACAGGCGGGAUAUCCCGCGAUUACAAUACCAGCAGGUACAAACACCGAAUCCGGGAUGCCGUAUGGGCUGGCAAUUCUCAAUACUGCGUUCUCAGAGCCGGCGCUGAUCAAGUGGGCCAGUGCCAUUGAGGAUUUGCAGAAGAGCUCACGUACAAAGUGGCAGAGGAGCUUGCCGGAGUGGAGGGGGUAUGCGGUUCGGAAUUUGCCGGUUCCGUUUGUUGAUCUGGAAUAGAUGUAUGCACAUGGAUGUUUGAUCUGAGAUCCCUGACUCGGGUCAAAUGGGUUGUAGACACCUGUUGACUGGCUGGGAAUGUCCAUUAACCUGG